ACGUGGUGGUUGUGUUGUUUUGUCGUUCAAGUGAUUGACGCACAGCAAAGGGACUUUGUUAGGAUCUACUGGACACAAGGAGCACUGUCCUCUGAUUGGCUCGGACAACCCCCACUGACAUGCCCGUGGCCAAUCAGAGGUGUGUUAUGUCGGGGGCGGAUGUGGAGGUGUACCUGUCCCAGGUGCAUGAUGGGAGUGUGUCGUCCGGCUUCCGGGCGCUGUACGAGGAGCGUUUGCUGCUGGACGUCACGCUGCUGAUAGAGGAGCAUCACUUCCAGGCCCACAAGGCGCUUCUGGCCACACAGAGCGACUAUUUGCGGGUGAUGUUCACAGCAGACAUGAGGGAGAGGGACCCUCAUUAAC